AUGCCACGUGCCAUCUUCGCGAUCAACGCAAGGCAUUCGCGACAAUGGUCCCGUCCGCCUCUCAAGGCCUUGCGGACUAGCGCAGGUGCCAUUAAUCUGUGCCUGCGACAACCUCCUGAUCAUGAUGAGGAAGAUCGCAGAGACCUACAUCUCCUAUUCAAUGCGAGGACGCCACCCGAUCAGACACAAAGACGUGGUAGUCAGGUCAUCAUCUCGCGCUUUUUGUCGGUCACUCUGCAUCGAUUGUCUGAGGCGAGUGCUACGCACUAUCACAGUGGACACAGUGGACUGUCAAUGUCGAUGAAGUAUCCGCGCCUGAUGCGGAGGCCACUCUCCGCGACAUCGAGAUCGCGUAUAAAGAGCCAUACUACGAGCAUUCCAUCCCACAUCAUGACUGCAGUUUCGGUCGAGCACGUCACGGAGCAAGAGCGCAUCCCGAGACCGCCGAACGCGUGGAUUCUCUAUCGCGCCUUCGUCAGCAAGAAGCUGCUCAAGGAAGAUACCGAUCCUGUUGCUAGGCAGCAGAGCGAAGUCUCGAAGACGAUCUCUGCCAUGUGGAAGGCAGAGGCGCCGAAGAACAAGGCUUAUUGGACGAAUCUGGCUGCGCGUCGUAAGGCCGAGCACGCAGCGGCUUAUCCCGGGUAUCGUUACAAGCCUGCCAAGCGCAUCUCGGUUGCUAGCAAACAGCCUGGCAAGCUCGCGCGGACCAUGUCUGCCCCCGACGCGCCAGCUUUUAAUUUAUCGAACCUGUCGCUGCCGCCAUCCCCCACACAAACGUCAGCUUUCGAGACGGCUCGCUCAGAUGCCAGCACAUCGAGCAAACAAUGGUGGACACCUACUCGGACGGUCACCCCUGUCGAUUUGCCCGUCGACCUGAUCGAUCCAACCGAAGUCCUGCUCGAUCUCGCUAAUUUCUUCAGCAGCACGACGCCAAGUUCAGUGCAGCAUGCAGAGCCAGAGCACUCGUCAUCUUUGCAAUCAGAUCUCUCACUAUCGAUGAUGCCAGACUUUGACCCUCUGUCGAUGCCUGACUUCUUGUCGAACUCGGCUCCCCUACACGCGCGAAGAGGCGUGACACAGAUGUCGCCCAUUCGAGCUGCUGCUUCAUCGAUCGUCUCGCCUGCUUAUGGCGAUAGUCCUGCAGAGAGCUACGAGCUGGCUUCGCGAGCGCUCACCUCUGCGCCGGCAAGCUAUCAUACUUUCAGCCAGAUCGAUCAGUCUUGGUGGGAUCUCACAGCCGAGCUAAAGAACACGCCCGCUUCUGCUACCUGGCCUGUGUCUGCCUCAUGGUUCCAAGGCUGA